UGGCGUUUGCGGACUGACGCUAGUAUCCAACUAUUUAAAUAGGAAGGAUGUACAUCUAACUAUUUAAAUAUGAAGGAUGUACAGACGGCUUUGCAUGCGCAGCUUGUUGGAGCAAACAGAUGGGCCUAUUGUAAUAAACCCAUCAAUACAAAUUAUUCAGUUGCAAGCUGGGAAAUCCCGACGAUUAAGGUAGUAGGCUGGCUCGUGAAGUUGGGCAUAAGGGUGGUGGUUUACAGUGGAGACCAGGAUGCAAAAAUUCCAUUCAUAGGAACUCGACGUUUGGUGAGGAAAUUAGCUGAAGAAUUGAAACUCAAAGUAACAACGGAGUACACACCCUGGUUUGUGGGUGAAAAGCUGCAGGUUGGAGGGUGGAUAGAAGAGUAUGGGAAAUGGUUAAGUUAUGCAGUGAUAAGGGGGGCUUCCCAUGUAGCCCCGGCCACUCAACCAAAGAGGGCAUUUAUGCUGUUUGAUGCCUUCCUUCAAGGAAAACUACUUCCUAUCCCCCAACACUGAUGUGCUCUGUUGAUAAGGGAGCACGGUUUAUUUACAUAGUAUUUCACGUGUCAAUCAUCAAUAAAAAAACAACAAUAGUUCCUGUCACUUCUUAAAUACUUUUUUUAAUGGAUAUCUCCCAAUUUUAGCAUUUAAGUGCUUGUAAAACAUUUUUGUCCAUAAACACUUGGUUGG